CGCGCACUUCCGGCCGGCGGCCGGGCCCGGCGCGCGCCACCCCUUCCGCCGCCGCCUCUGCGAUCCCGGACCCAGCUCCAGCCCCAGCCGUGGCCUGGCAGCCCCGGCGUCGCUUCGGAGCGCGGCGGCAGCUGACUGCGCGUUCACGACCCGCUGGGAGCCGCGAGCCCCGCCGCCGUUAUGAACAUCCGCAAUGCGAGGCCAGAGGACCUGAUGAACAUGCAGCACUGCAACCUGCUGUGCCUGCCCGAGAACUACCAGAUGAAAUACUAUUUCUACCAUGGCCUUUCCUGGCCCCAGCUCUCUUACAUCGCUGAGGAUGAGAAUGGGAAGAUUGUGGGGUACGUCCUGGCCAAAAUGGAAGAGGACCCGGAUGACGUGCCCCAUGGACAUAUCACCUCACUGGCUGUGAAGCGUUCCCAUCGGCGCCUUGGCCUGGCUCAGAAGCUGAUGGACCAGGCCUCCCGAGCCAUGAUUGAGAACUUCAACGCCAAAUACGUUUCCCUUCAUGUCAGGAAGAGUAACCGGGCCGCCCUGCACCUCUAUUCCAACACCCUCAACUUUCAGAUCAGCGAAGUGGAGCCCAAAUACUAUGCCGAUGGGGAAGAUGCAUAUGCAAUGAAGCGGGAUCUCACCCAGAUGGCUGAUGAGCUGAGGCGGCACCUGGAGCUGAAGGAGAAGGGCAGGCACGUGGUGCUGGGCUCCAUCGAGAACAAGGUGGAGGGCAAGGGCAACUCACUUCCGGGCACAGGAGAGGCCUGUCGUGAGGAAAAGGGCCUGGCUGCGGAGGAUAGCGGUGGCGACAGCAAAGAUCUCAGCGAGGUCAGCGAGACCACGGAGAGCACCGAUGUCAAGGACAGCUCAGAGGCCUCUGACUCAGCCUCGUAGAGCCUGCACGUGGUUCUCUCCCUGCCCUGGCCUGCCCAUCCCGUCCUCACCCUGAGAGGUUUCACAAUAAACUUCACCCAGGUGGCCUUGGGGA